UUCAAGACACACACUAUUUCUCAAGGGUUGAGGUCCUCACGAUCGCAAAAUGGCACGCGGAUAGUAGGAAUUAUUAAGAAAUAUAAUAAAAAAUAUUCACGGCGAACGAUCGCACUGAAUAACGAUGGCGUCGGCUUACAUUAAAGAUGAACAAGGUGGAACAUUCAUUCCGGCCAGUCAACGUCCUGAUGGUACAUGGCGUAAGCCACGUCGUGUAAAAGAUGGCUACAUACCACAAGAAGAAGUUCCAUUAUAUGAAAGCAAAGGCAAACAGAUAAAGAAUAAACCUAUGUAUCCAAUAGGUGCAAGUCCAGAAUUCAUAGCAGAGCAUAAAGCUAAACAGGAAGCAUUACUAGCAGCAAAAUCUAAAACUAUUCCUGGUGCUCCAGUUAAAACAGAAGUCAAAAAGAAAAAGAAAAAAAAUAAAAAUAAAACAACUGAACGUAUAACAGAAGAACUGGCCAAAACUACACUCUCAGAACCAGAUCAGAAAAAAGAAUCAUUAUCACAGAACAGUAAACCACAAAUUAACAUAAAGAUAGUAUCCAAUAACCAGACUUCAACACCUAAAUCAAAUGUUUCAACUCAAUCUCAAACUUCUAUAUCAGAUCCACAGAAAAGGUUGAAAAACCUCAGAAAAAAGGUCAGAGAAAUUGAAACAUUGGAAGAAAAGAUAAAAAAUGGAUUGUUAAAAAAUCCGGAAAAAGAAAUACUUGACAAGUUGGCAAGAAAAGCUGAAAUUUCGAAAGAAAUAAAACGAUUAGAAGCAAGUCAAUAAAAAGAGGGAGUUAAAAAAGAUAUAUUUACAUACUCAUGAAAUAUCACUUUAUAGUUGUACCUAAGCAGAUGUGUGUUUUUCAAAUUUUUAAAAAUUUUAAUAUGAUCUUAUGUAAUGUCACAAUUUCAUCCUCUUUAUACAGUAAGCUAAUAGCAAUAUGAAGAUGUACAUUUAUAUACAGAAGAUAAAAAUUAAAUACUAAUGAGAAUUUAGUAUGCUAUAAUAUCACUAUGUGAAAGACCAAUCAGAUUUAAUAAAAAUUGUUUUUGCAUA